AGAGAGAGAAAGAGAGAGAGCGGUUGUACUGUACUGUGUGACUCCCGGUUAUCUUAAUGACUGAAUCAUAAAGUAAAUAAAGAGAUUGUGGUUUAAGUGAUCAAAGGUCAUAUUUAAAGAAGGGGCAGGGACUGUCUAACUGAUAUUACACUUCAUCCACAUGUUGUUCAAGAUUCAGCAACAGUAAAGAGAGUUUUUCAGGUGAAAUGUAAAGAUAUUCUGUGGAUCAUUCUGGAAGAAUCUGCACACCUGAACUGUGUGUGAAACAGAAGAACAGCAAGUCGUCAUUACUCACCAGUGGACUUUCACAAGCUGAGUUUACAGUUUUCACUCAGAAUAGACUUUUCACUCAGAUCACACUUGUUAAGCCAGGUAGUUUAGGAGAGAGUUGUGAUUGGUCCAGUACAACAUGACUCCACCCUCUUCACCCUGUAAAACACCUUCCAGCACUUCAUCCUGUGGUGGAGAACUAAUCUAGUCCAAAACAGUUUACAGUGAAAGUGAAAUCUUCAGCAGCUUCUGUUUAGUGAAGAGAAGAUCAUAAACAGAGAGAAAAUAGCUCAGAGGAUUAGGUCUAAUCUGAAAGAGGAGCCAUGACCUCCAAAAUAAGCUUCUCUGAGGAGCAGCACUCACAGAAAGCUGAGAGACUGGUUCAGGAUCAGAGAUCUGACUCACCUGAACCCAGCUGUGUGUCCAUGAAGAGUGACCAGUCAAUGGACAAAGAUAUGAACUUCAGAGAGGAAAACAGUUCAUCUGAGCUGAGCUAUGUGUCCAUGGAGAGUGAUCAGUCAAUGGAUUUUCCAAAAAAUUUCAGAGAGGACGACAGAUCUACUGAUCUGAGAGUCCAGAAGAACUCAGAUAUUACCAGGAGAAACAUGGAGAUCAUAUUCAAGGAGCUGGAGCACAAAGUCAUCUCUCUGGUGAAGAAUCAGCUGAAGAGGUUUGUGAAGCUGCUGAGUCUGGAUUACCCAGAAUGCUCUGAGAGAGAGGUGGAGGAUGAGGAGGAUCAGAGCAGUGUCAGAGAGGGGGCGCUGAAGAUCACACUGACCGUCCUGAGGAACAUGAACCAGACUGACCUCGCUAACACACUACAGAGCAAAAUGGCUCCUUCUUCUCAUCAAAAGCUGAAAUCAACACUGCAGAGAAAAGUUCAGAAAAUUAAUGAAGGAAUCUCAAAUUUUGGAACCUCAACCCUUCUGAGUGAGAUCUACACAGAGCUCUACGUCACAGAGGGAGGGAGUGGAGAGGUCAAUAAUGAACAUGAGGUCAGACAGAUUGAAACAGCAUCCAGAAGACCAGCAACACAGGAGAAACCCAUCAAAUGUAAUGACCUCUUUAAAGACAAUACCAUCAGAACUGUGCUGACUAAAGGAGUUGCUGGAAUUGGAAAAACAGUGUCUGUGCAGAAGUUCAUUCUGGACUGGGCUGAAGGAAAAGCAAAUCAGGACGUCCUCUUCAUAUUUCCACUUCCUUUUAGGGAGCUGAACUUUAUGAAGGAGAAAGAACUCAGUCUGGUGGAUCUUCUUCAUAUUUUUUUCUCAGACACAAAAGAACUAAAACCAAGAGACUAUGAUCACUACAAAGUCAUGUUCAUCUUUGAUGGUCUGGAUGAGUGUCGACUUCCUCUAAAUUUCCAGAACAAUGAGAGCUUAUUUGAUGUAACACAAUCAGCCUCAGUGGAUGUGCUGCUGACGAACCUCAUCAAGGGGAAUCUGCUUCCCUCUGCUCUCCUCUGGAUAACUACUCGACCAGCAGCAGCCAAUCAGAUCCCUCCUGAGUGUGUUGACCAGGUAACAGAGGUACGAGGGUUCAGCGACCCUCAGAAAGAGGAGUACUUCAGGAAGAGAAUCAGUGACCAGAGCCUGGCCAGUAAAAUCAUCUCCCACAUGAAGUCCUCAAGAAGCCUCUACAUCAUGUGCCACAUCCCAGUCUUCUGUUGGAUUGCAGCCACUGUUCUAGAGAGACUGUUGGGUGGAGCAGAGAGUGGAGAGACCCCCAAGACUCUGACUCAAAUGUUCACCCACUUCCUGAUCUUUCAGAUCAAACACAAGGACAAAAAGUACCAUGGGAAAUGUGACACUGAUCCUCAGCAGACUAGAAAGAUGAUUCUGGCACUGGGAAAACUGGCUUUCCAACAGCUGGAAAAAGGCAAUCUGAUCUUCUAUGAGGAAGACCUGAGAGAGUGUGGCAUUGAUGUCAGAGAAGUGUCAGUGUACUCAGGAGUCUGCACUCAGAUCUUCAGAGAGGAGUUUGGGCUGCACCUGGGGAAGGUGUUCAGCUUUGUGCACCUGAGUGUUCAGGAGUUUCUGGCUGCUUUAUACUCAUUUCUUGUCUUCAUCAGCGGCGAUGGAACAAAACAGCUGACCACUGAUCUCUCUGGUAUUUUCAGAGAGUCCAAAUUAUCAGAUUUACUCAAGUCUGCAGUGAAGAAGGCCUUACAGAGUGAGAAUGGACACCUGGACCUUUUCCUCCGCUUCCUUCUGGGCCUCUCACUGGAGUCCAAUCAGACUCUCUUACGAGGCCUACUGACACAGAUAGGAAGCAGCUCUAACAGCAAAGAGGAAAUAGUCCAGUACAUCAAGGAGAAGAUCAGGGAGAAUCCCUCUCCAGAGAAAACAAUCAGUCUGUUCCACUGUCUGAAUGAACUGAAUGAUCAUUCUCUGGAGCAGGAAGUCCAAUCAUACCUGAACAGAGGAAGUUCCAGUGGAUUCAGUGGAGCUAAACUCUCUCCUGCUCAGUGGUCAGCUGUGGCAAUUGUUUUGCUGAAUUCAGACGAGGAGCUGGAUGAGUUUGACCUGAGGAAAUAUGAUCCAUCAGAGAAAUGUCUUCUGAGGCUGCUGCCAGUGGUCAAAGCAUCCAGAAAAGCUGUACUAGUUGGCUGUAAUCUCACAACAGCAUCUUGUGAAAAACUGUCAUCAGCUCUACAAUCAAUAAACUCCUCCCUGACUGAGCUGGACCUCAGUAACAAUGACCUGCAGGACUCAGGAGUGGAACUGCUGUCUGCUGGACUGAAAAGUUCACACUGUAUACUGGGGACACUCAGACUAGCUGGCUGUUAUCUCACAGCAGCAUCUUGUAAAAUACUAUCAUCAGCUCUACAAUCAGUAAACUCCUCCCUGAUAGAGCUGGAUCUCAGCAACAAUGACCUGCAGGAUUUAGGAAUAGCGCUGCUCUCUGCUGGUCUGAAGAGUUCACACUGUAAACUAGAGACACUCAGAUUAUCUGGAUGUAUGGUUAGAGUUAAAGGCUGUUAUUAUCUGGCUUUGGCUCUAAACUCAAACCCCUCCAACCUGAGAGAACUGGAUCUGACCUAUAAUCACCCAGAAGAGUCUGGAAUUAAGCUGCUUUCUGAUCUACUGGAGGAUCCACACUGUAAACUGGAGAAACUACAGGUGGAUCAUGGAGGGAAGAUCAGGAUCAAACCAGGACUGAAGAAAUAUGCUGUUGAUCUCACUCUGGAUCCAAACACAGUGAACAGAAAUCUCUCUAUAUCUGAGAGGAACAGAAAGGUAGAGUGGGUGGGAGAUGAUCAGCGUUAUCCAGAUCAUCCAGACCGAUUUGAGUUCUGGCCUCAGGUUCUGAGUAUGGAGAGUCUAUCUGGACGCUGUUACUGGGAGGUUCAGUGGAGUGGAGAUGGAGCUGAUAUAUCAGUAUCAUACAGAGGAAUCAGGAGGAAAGGACGUGAUGUUAACUGUGUGUUUGGAAACAAUAAUCACUCUUGGAGUCUGAACUGCUGUAAUAACAGUUACUCUGUCUGCCACAAUAAUCAGAAAACUGCCCUACCUGUCCCCCCUUCCCCCUCUAACAGAGUAGGAGUGUAUCUGGACUGGGGGUCUGGCACUCUGUCUUUCUACACUAUCUCACCUAAAACACACACACUGACCCACCUAUACACACUCACCACCACAUUCACCGAACUGCUCUAUGCUGGAUUCUGUAUUUAUUCUGACUCCUCGGUGAAUCUGUGUGAGAUAGAAUAAUCUCUACAGAGAGAGAGAGAGAGACAUAGAGCAGGUUUGUGAAAAACUUUUUUUUCAGUUUAUCAGUUUGAUCUCACACUGAAAUUAUAGUAGAAAUCAAACCUUUCUGUGUUUAAAUUCUUCUAAUUAAAUAAAAGAGUUUAGAAAAUA